GGGGCUGAGCGCAGCCCCAGUCCAGAGCCCAGCCCCCCUCCUCAGCCCUGCCGGCAGACUUCCGAAGCCCAGCCCUGCUCCAGAGCCCAGCUCAGAUCUGAGACCCAGCCCCCCUCUAGAGCCCAGGUCAUCUCUGAGACUGAGGUCACCUCUAGAACCCAUACCAGUUCUGAGACCAAGCCUAGUUCUGAGACCAAGCCCUGCUCUAGAACUCAGCCCUCUUCUAGAACCCAGGCUAGCUCUGAGGCCAAGCUCAUCUCUAGAACUUCAUCUGGUUCUGAGACCAAGCCCUGCUCUAGAACCGAGCCCUCCUCUAGAACCCAGGCUAGCUCUGAGGUAAAGUUCAACUCUAGAAUUCAUACCAGUUCUGAAACCAGGCCCAGCUCGGAGACCAAGGCCUGUUCUAAAACACAGCCUAGCUCUGAGGCCAAGCCCAGCUCUAGAACCAAGCUCAAUUCUGAGACUAAACUCUGUUCUAGACCCCAGGCCAGCUCAGAAACUAAGCCCAUCUCUAGGACACCAUUCAGUUCUGUGACACAACCCAGCUCCAGAACCCCGCCCUCGUCUAGAAACCAGGACAGCUCUGAGGCUAAGCCUAGCUCUGGCAUUAAAUCAAGUUCUGGAACCCAGACAAGUUUUAAGACCCAACCCAGCUCUGUGACCAAGCCCUGCCAUAAAAUUCGACCUGACUCUGGGCUGCAAGACAGCUCAGUGACACAGCAGUACCCAGACACCCAGCCUAGUUCGGGAACCCCAGGCAGUACUGAAACCCAGGUGAGACUCAAGAAGCAGCCCAGCUACAGAAGCCUCUCCAGCUCAGGAUCCAAAGACAGCUCCCAAACCCAGCCCCAUUCACAAACCCAGACCAGCUCAGGAACCUGGGUGCAUGCGGCAGCUCAGUCCAGAUCCAGACCCCAGCCCUGCUCUAAAACCCAGUUUUACUCAAGCACCCACCCCCACUCUGAGGCCCAGUCCAGCUCCAGUGAUGAGUCCAGCUCAGACACUGAGCCCAGCUCCAGAUCUUGGCCUGAUGGUACAACUAGGCCCAUCUCUAGAAUUCAGACAAGCCCUGGAACCUCAUCCAUCUCUGAGGGAACACCUGUCUCCCCCGCUCAGCCUGACACCGGUCCCCACUCUCACUGCAGUACACAGACCAGUGUUAGAAUGCCGUCCAGCUCUGGGACCCAGACCGACUUCAAGGACUGGCCAAUUUCCAGAGCUCAUUCCAGACCAGGCACCCAACCCAGCUCUAGAACUCAGCUCAGUUCUGGAGGACAGCCUGGCUCUGGGAUCUCAUCCAGCUCCAAAACACAGUCAGUUGCUGAGACUCAAUUGGGUUCCAGAAUACAGCUAAACUCUGGAAUCCAAUCUAGUCCUGGGACCCAGACCAGUGCAGCAACAGACUUAAGCUCCACGGCCCUGUAUAGCUCUAAGAGCAGGCUGGGCUCCAGGACCCAGCCCUGCACAGCUCAAUCAGCUUCUCGGACUCCACUCAUCUUGGAAACCCUGCCAAGUUCUAGAUACCAGCUCCAGGCCACAACCCAAGGCAGCUCUGGUAUUAAGUCAGACUUUGUGAAGCAGACCAACUCAACAACUCAGCUCACCUCUAGAGUCCAGUUCAGCUCUGAGACUCAACUCAACUCUGAAUCCCAGACCAGUUCAAGAAUACAACCCAGCUCUGGAACCCACCUUAGUUCCAGAAUGCAGACUGUUUCUGGAGCUCAACCCAGCGUCAGAACCCAGACAAGCUCUGGAACCCAGCUUGGCUCUGAGACCCAGCCCAGCUCAGGGGCCCAGACCAGUGCAAGCAUUCAACCCAGCUCUGAAACCCAGCUCAGUUCCAGAAGGCAGUUUAGUACCAGGAUUCAGUUUAGCUCUGACACCCAGACCAGUUCAAGAAUGCAGCCCAGCUUAGGAGCCCAUGUGAACUCCAGAACCCAGCCCAGCUCUAAGAUUCAGUUCAGCUCUGAUAUGCCACCCAGCUCCGACACUCAGACCAGUUCAAGAACACAGGCCAGCUUUGGAACCCACCUCGGGUCCAGAACCCAGCCUGUUCCAGGGACCCAAACCAGUUCCAGAACCCAGACCAGUUUUGGAACACAGGUCAGAUCUGAGACCCAGCCCAGCUCUGGAGCCCAGGACAAUGCAAGAAUGCAGCCCAGCUCUGGAGCCUGGCUCAGUUCCAGAACCCAGACCGGCUCCAAAAUUCAGUUCAGCUCUGAGACCCAGCCCAGUUCUAAAAGCCAGACCAGUUUCAACACUGAGCCCCACUCUAGAAUUCACCAUAAUUCCAGAACUCAGCCUGCUUCUGAAACCCAAUCCAGCUCCAGAACCCAGGCCAGCUUAAGAAUCCAGCUCAGCUCUAGAAAUGGGCUUUGCCCACAGAUCCCUGGCCUUGACCCUAGAACCCAGUCUGAUCCCAUUCCACCAACUCGACCUCAGCCCCCAGGCCCACCACCCAGAGCCCCUGCUCCAGUCCCUAGCAAAGUCUCUCAGCCUCAGCCCCGGCCCCAUGAUCUGGUACAUGGAACCCAGGGCAGAAGCCCACCGCCUUCCCACCUGGCUCCACCAUCACAGGCCCCCUUGGCUCCCAAGAAACCAGCCCUUUUCCCCAAGCCCCAGUUGGGGCCCCAUAAGUCCACUUCACCCACCGUAUCUGUCAUCCCUAGUUCUGCCUCUAGGGCGGCCCUCCUGCAGUCCCAGACCCCUGCACCCCCAGCUCAGGAGCACGCCCCCUCCCCCAUACUUAGGGAGUCAGGAACUGCUCUGCAGGGGUCAGAGCCCCUUCCCCAUGACAGGGAGCUGUAGCUUGGGGGUUACAUAGUUUUGGCCCCUGGGGGACCCCACCCCCUCUCCUUCCUCUUCCAAUUCAGGUCCCCCCGAAGCAGCAGAUGACCUCAUUCUCCCACAGGUGAAGGGAGGGAGAAUGGA